GAUAGCGUUGUCACGGUCACCGAUGGAGCCAGGAUUCCUGAUUUUGAUAAGGAUGACAUCAUUGAGAUUGUUCAAAAUCACGGGAAUGGCACAUUCACGGGUAUUCUUCUGAACGAUAGACAGAAUCCGGGCCUAGUCCACAGUGAGCAUGUCCGACGAGUGAGGACCAACUCUGUGCAAGGUAUGACUUCUCCGCUCGAUAGCCCGGCCAAUUUCCGUAUCGAUAGAAAGGAAUCAACGGUUCUUCCAGGCAAUGAAUGGGUAACGGAUAUAACCUAG